CUCACAAAUGAGGGUUUUAGGGGUAUUUAUAACAAAACUAAGCACGUCUCUGGUUAUCCAACCGGUCAUUCGGCUGACCGGCUGCAUAAGAGUACUACCCAACCGGUUUCACGACCCGGUCUGAGAAGGAUGCGCUCUGUCACUUCCGUCACCAUCCAGUCGGACGAACCAACCGGGUGGAAACCGUCAUCUCACAAAUCUCUGCUCCCACCUGAUGGCGAUGUGCGAUCAGUCCAUAGUAGGGAUGAGGAUUGGGAUGUACCCCAGGCACAAAAGAAGCUGAAGGGAAAAGCUAUUCAACCUGAAGGGUCCAGGAGGUCAGCGUUUCAAAGGCUUGGCCAUGAAGGCCGAAAUCAAAACCGACCUGCCAAAGAACGACUAGGGGUGGAAACAACCCCGUUGAGUGCUUUUAAUCGCCUGGGUAGAGGAGCCGAGCGACCUGGUCAGACCAGGCGCACGGAACCUCCCCAUCGCGAAGAGCCCCAACAUAGCCGGGCGCCCCAUGAAGAAGAAGCAGAGAGCCACCCCAGGCACAUGACUCGUACUCAUGUUGAACCACGGGAUCGUGUGGACCGGGUGGAGGCACGUCUGGAGAAACUACAGCGCCGGGUGGACCGGGAAGAGAAGAAGAAAGUUCUGUUGAACGAAUCCCCGUUCACAGACCGGGUCCAUGAAACCCCAUUUCCAAAGAAGGCAAAACUUGAGGUCCCAAAGUUCACCGGGAAGGAGGACCCGGAAAUUCACGAAAAGUUCAAAGAAAACUGCACAAAGAGGAAAAAGUUUACCUAUUUAAGUAAAGCCGGGCAGCGAGAGCACGAGGAUUUCACCAAAUUUCUCACCCGGUGGAAGGAUGAAGUUGACAAGGUGGAGGAGAUGGACGAUAAAACAACCAUCUCCCUCCUGGUAUCCGGGCUCCGGUCCGGAGAACUGUACAAAGAGUUCUGCAGAAGGCCUCCCCAAUCAUAUCAAGAGGCCUACAACACAGCCUGGGAUUAUGCAGACGCCGAAGCACAGGUGUCGUCCAAAAGGGAGGCCGAGCAGGGCCAUUCCAAAGGAAAAAUUCCUUUGAAAAAGGAAAUUGAACUGCCCGGUAGGGAAAAGGCUGAAGUCAUGGAGGUAAAGCCGGUCAAAACAGAGAAGAAACCGACCGGCGGAAAACAAUGGACGGAGAAGUAUUGCUCCUUCCACAAAACUGACUCCCAUAACAUUGCGGAGUGCAACAGUGUGAAGGGAGUAAUUAAGCAGAUGAUUGAGGUCGGGGAGAUCGAUCCGGAAUAUUUGGCCAAGGCCAAACAAAAGAAAAACCAAUGGGUCGUCCAAAAGCAAAUGAGGUUUGUAGUUGUGAACAUCAAAUGUGUUCACAAUGCCAUUUUGGGCCGGCCUGGAAUAAAUAAGGUCCGUGGGGUCAUCUCCAUGGCCCAUCUCUGUAUGAAAUUCUAUACCCCGGGGGGUAUAGGACAAGUCAGAGGAGAUCAAAAGAAGGCCCGGCAUUGCUAUUUGGAGGCUGUAAAGAAAAUGACAAAGGCGUUUGAGAGAGUCACUCUGGUCUCUCAGGAGGAAGACCGGUUGAAGCUAGAACCGGGCGAUGAAACCGAGCAGAUUGUUCUCCAGGAAGCUUUCCCGGAAAGAAUGGUACGGAUUGGAAGAGAUCUGCCCGGAGGACUUCGAGAUGAAAUCAUCUCAGUUCUUCGGGAAUAUGCAGAUACUUUCGCGUGGAGUGUGGCGGACAUGCCGGGCAUUGACCGUUCUGUCAUAUGCCAUCACUUCCUCGUCGAACUGACUGGUCUAGAGCCCGAAGCCGGACCUUCCCAUACGGUCGAACCGUGGUGGGAUAUGGCCGUUGAUGGGGCCUCUGGACCGAAGGGAUGCGCGGCCGGCGUAGUUUUCACUACGCCGGAAGGGUUCAAGAUCUACCAUGCCUUAGUUUUUAAUUUCAAACUCACUAAUAAUGAGGCGGAAUAUGAGGCAUUGGCCGGUGGUCUCAGAUUAGCCCGGUCUCUCGGGGUAAAAAGAAUGAAGAUCCGUUCCGAUUCAAGUCUGGUUGUCGGACAGGUCAAUGGUGAGAUGGAAGUAAAGGAAGAUCACCUGGCCCGAUAUGCUUUCAAAAUUGACGCAAGCCUGCCCGGAGCAUGUGUCAAAGUUGGCGAAAAUCGAGAUACUGGCCGUGCCGAGCACAGACCGUUUGAAGUCGCGGCCAUCCAACCGGGCCAGACUUCAGCGACCGGGAUAAUCGGAGCAGAUGAUGACUGGAGGUACGAACUCAUGGAGUAUCUGGAGACCGGUCAGAAGCCGGAUGACGAGGAACGAGCUAGGAAAGUGGUCCUACGGGCUCCACGUUUCCAGGUAAUCGAUGGUCAUCUAUACAAGCGUGCCAUUGGCGGACCACUCUUGCGUUGCCUUACCAAUCCUGAAGCUGAACGGGUAAUAGCUGAGAAUGAGGUCGACCACCUCGCUGAGCUGAACCUGGUGGAAGAACGAAGGACCACAGCAGCUGUCAAGAUGGCCGGUUACCAGCAGUCAGUAAAGCGGUAUCAUGACAACCGGGUAGGCCCGCGAUAUUUCCAAGUGCAUGAUGAAGUUUUGCGCAGAAGGGAUGCUAGUAAGCCUAAUGAGAGGGGCAAGCUGGUACGUAACUGGGAAGGGCCCUAUCGCAUAAAAGCAAUCGUCAGACCGGGCACUUACCAGUUGGAAACUAUGGAAGGUUGCCGGGUCGACCGACAUUGGAACUCUCACCACUUACGUAAAUUUUAUAGAUAAAGUGUAAUGAGUUCCCGGACAAUAACAAAACUUUGUUCUUUCCAGAAAGAUUGAUCUCAUACACCAACCGGUAAUUGGUUACAUACCAAUCUUCCCGGUUAGAUUUCCAAUCGGAUUGGACGCGCAAAAAAAAGGACCGGUCUGACCGAUCCAACACCUCAUCCGUACUGACACGGGAGUUAGAAACGAUUUGGCUUAACUAAAGGGAGAGCAUCCCGGCCAGUUUAAGCCAGAUCGUUCUGAAGAAUAACUUAAGGUUUACCUU